CCCCAUCCCCUCUCUCCAUCUAACAAUUUCUGCCACCCCCUUACACUCAUACAACAACCACAUCUCCUCCAAUGUGCCCACACGCAAACGGCGACGCCCUGCCCAACGGCUCUUCCGACAUGGUCGGCAUCGAAAAUACCCCUAACGGCGUCAAGAGCGCAAACGGCCACACUGACUCGCAACGUCGGAAUCCGUAUGCUCCCCGUGCUUCCGAUUUCUUGAACAACGUCUCAAACUUCAAGAUCAUCGAGAGCACUCUCCGAGAGGGCGAGCAGUUCGCCAACGCCUUCUUUGACACCAAGACUAAAAUCGCUAUCGCUAAGGCCCUCGAUGCCUUCGGUGUCGAAUACCUCGAGCUCACCUCCCCAGCCGCAUCAGAACAGUCUCGCGCAGACUGCGAGGCCAUCUGCAAGCUCGGCCUGAAGGCGAAGAUUUUGACCCAUAUCCGUUGUCACAUGGACGAUGCCCGGAUCGCUGUCGAGACUGGUGUUGACGGUGUUGAUGUCGUUAUCGGCACCUCAUCCUUCCUCCGUGAGUUCUCGCACGGAAAGGACAUGACCUACAUCACCAAGACCGCCAUCGAGGUCAUCAACUUCGUCAAGUCCAAGGGCAUCGAAGUCCGCUUCUCGACCGAAGACUCCUUCCGCUCCGACCUCGUCGACCUUCUCUCCAUCUACCAAACAGUCGAUAAGAUCGGCGUGAACCGUGUCGGUAUUGCGGAUACCGUCGGGUGCGCCAACCCAAGGCAGGUGUAUGAGCUGAUCAGGACGUUGAGGGGUGUCGUUGGCUGUGAUAUCGAGGUGCACUUGCACAACGAUACCGGCAUGGCUAUUGCCAAUGCUUAUACCGCCCUCGAGGCCGGUGCCACUCACAUCGAUACCUCCGUCCUCGGUAUUGGUGAACGUGUCGGUAUCACCUCUCUCGGCGGUCUGGUCGCUUGCAUGUACGCCGCCAACCCCGAAUACGUCAAGUCCAAGUACAACUUGAAGGCCCUCCGUGAGAUCGAGAACCUGGUCGCAGAGGCCGUCGAGGUCAACAUCCCGUACAACAACCCCAUCACUGGGUACUGUGCGUUCACUCACAAGGCCGGCAUCCACGCGAAGGCCAUCCUCAACAACCCUAGCACUUACGAAAUCCUCAAGCCUGAGGACUUCGGUCUCACAAGAUACGUCUCCAUCGGUCAUCGUCUGACCGGAUGGAACGCCGUCAAGUCCCGCGUCGAGCAGCUCGGUCUCAAGCUCACCGACGACGAGAUCAAGGACGCCACCGCGAAGAUCAAGGAGCUCGCCGACGUCCGGACACAGUCGAUGGACGACGUCGACUCCCUCCUCCGUGUCUACCACUCCGGUAUUCAGUCCGGUGAGCUCGAGGUCGGCCAGAAGGAGGCUCUUGACAGGCUGCUCCAGGAGCACCGGGACCGUCAGCGCACUGAACUCUCCGCCGCCGCCACCGCCGCUGCAUAGACGACUCUUCGCCCUUCUCCACCUCUCACUCGCCGCGACUUUACAUUCUACCGUACUUCACUCCCUCGUCUACCUUUUCUGCUCCCUUUCUUCUGUAUGGACCACUUCAUCGAUCCAGCUCCACGACAUUGCUUUCUUCAGACUCAUUAUCUCACUUCACAUUCUUUUCCUCCGAACGCUCAUGUACGACGGUGCUUGCUGUACAAAGAAAACAAAAACCGGCGUGAAGCCGGUGAAACGCACUUCUGUGCGUGUGCUCACGUCCAAUUAUUGAUGUAUACUAUAUAUUAGUGCCUUGUAGGGUGCGCGUUGCAAUGAAUCGAAGG